AUGCCACGACACGUCUCAGGCACACCGUGUCCUAUGCCGCCGUCCGGUAGCAAUGCAGACAAUUCGAUUCUAAGCUUGGUGGAUGGUGAGGGAGACUCGACAGCAAACAUCGAAUUCACAUCGGCCUUUGGGGGAUUGAAAAACACGAAACCCCGACGAAUGCGUAACGCAGCCACAGCGCGGAGAGGGGCUCAGAAUGUCGAUUUCGCGAUUUACGAAGACGCCGAAGCCGUACAGAAAUCGAUUGCUAAGGAGCCAGCAAAAUGGAAAAGCACCGUGGGACUGUCGCAACCCCCUCAGCGACCAAAAAUCUCAGCGCGCGUAUCUUUUGCUCCAUCAGUCUCAAUGCAAAGUCACGACUCUACACGUCCGUCGUCGAAGUCCUUGGGAGUAGGCAAACUUACCCAGGCACCUCGGCGGGGGCAAGGUAUCGGACAUGACACAGAGAACCGGGACGCCACGCUUCUGCCCAGCCUACCUGAGGAUACUACAGCCAAUCUCAACAUGAGCAUGCCUUCUCCGACAAUCCUGAAGCCCGCUCGUCGUGGCACGAUAUAUAUUCCCAACGACGACACGACGAUGCCGAGCAUGUACAUGGGCAUUUUCAGUCCGAUCAAGAGCUUGAAUGUCGACUCGACCUCGAAGCCAGCGGACACGCAUACGGCGAUGGAGGUGACGGGUAUAGCGGCGCAGAUGGCCAAAAAGAGGGGUGCAACACGUCGCUCGAUGAUCGCUCUGUCACCAAAACGCGCGGGUGGUCCGCUUCAUGUCUCUUCGCGAUAUGUUCAGGAAUCCGCCGUUGUUGAGGAUCGUGUUGGGCAAGGAGGGGGCAAAGAGAAUGUACCGCCCGGGUAUGCUGAGUCGAAUUCGCUGGCAGGGGUCAAGUUCGAAAAGGAGAAGAUGAGAUCGAAGAGACAGACGAUGGCGUUUCCGCCAACCAGGAACACGGUCAAGGGCGAUUUCAAACCCACCACGUCUAGACUCUACGAACAAACAGCUAGUUCGAUGAGUAGGGUUGUUGAAAAGCAAUCCGGUCAUGGAUCAGAACCGAAGCGAUCGUGGAACUCUGGUGCACGUAUUCGCACAGCCCAACCUAUACCCGUCAAGAAAUCAUCUCCGCCGCGAGGAUCAGAGCGAGAGAAGGCUGUACCCGCGAAACCUGCCGUCCCUACUCGCUUCGUCACGCCAGCGAUCAGAGCAGAGCCGGCUGUCGACUCGUAUCCGAUCCUCACGGAAGAUCUUGCGUCGCCGUCCAUGUACGAAGACAACUGGUUGAACCAUCAAGAAAUCGCCAUCACCCAACUUGUCAACAACCUUUUCGCAUCGUCGUCACUGACGUCUUGUCCGGUGGAAGAUGGCAUGCUCAGAGUCCAAUUGCUGGAACGCUACAACAAUUCUGAAACCACGAUGCUGUUUAAGCGAUUACAAGGAGCACUUCUGUAUGGCGCAUUGGCUAUGCCGAAUGAUGUUCUCAAGGGCGCAAGUCGACUCGCCACCGAUUUGGGAAGACGGAAGGCCUUUACAGACCUGUGGCUCGAAACAUAUGAACCGGACUCUCUCCGUGCUGUGCUCGAAGUUGUUGUAGGUAGGCAAUGCACUACUGUGUCGCCCAGAUUGUCCGCAAGUAGACGAAGCUUGGACAAGGAGAAGGAUGUUUUGGGUCGUCAGUCUUUACAACGAUUCAUCGAGACAUUUCUCAUUCGAAACGAAGACGGAAAGCCAGACGAGGCAUCGUCGAAAACCCACGAUUCCCCAUGGUCUUAUCAGCGAACACUCUUGCGAAGCUUGAUGGCUAUAGGACUUCUCGAUCACAUCAAGAGCACUGCGCCAUCCUUGGUCAAUGGUUGUCUAUUCCGAACGACUUCUCCACACAAGUCAUCGGGCGACGUCGUCAAGGCUCUUUUCCAGCAGCUCAAUCCAAGCGCCGGAGACCCGAUCAGGGCGUUGAGCCAUGUUGGAUACAGUGUAUCUCACUCUCAAUAUCCCCUGGAAGAGUAUGCGUACACGAUCGAUAACCUUGCGGUCGAUCUACGCGACGGUGUACGUCUGACCAGAUUAGUCGAGCUUCUUCUCUACCCUUCGGCAUCUCAUGUUUUGGACCACGCGAGUGACUUUGAAUCGACAACAACGAUCCUGUUACCGACAGGCGAGACGCUCUCGCUUUCUGACGGACUCAGCCAUGACUGGCCUUUGUCUCAACAUCUCAAGUUUCCGUCUCCAGGUCGAGCGACAAAGCAGUAUAAUGUCCAAAUUGCGCUUAGUGCGUUGCAGGGUGUCAGGGGUAUGGCUCCACUUGUACGCGAUGUUCGCGCAGAAGAUAUCGUGGAUGGAUUCCGAGAAAAGACGGUGAAACUUCUUUGGGGAUUGACCAGUAAAUGGGGGUUAUGUGGACUCUUGGAUUGGGACGAUCUCGGACGUGAGAUCAAGAGGCUAUCCAGAUUGAGCUCACAGAGUGGCCGAGCAGGCGAUGAUUUUUGUGAUGACAUUCUUGACGCGAUCGAAGAAGAAGAUGGGCAUGAUCCCGUGCGGUACAAGAUGUUGUUGAAGGCCUGGGCACAAGCCGUGGCGAGGAAACAUGGACUUGUGGUGAAGAAUCUCACGACCAGCUUUGCUGAUGGGAAAGUAUUUGAGGCGAUCGUGGACGAAUAUGAAGCGUUUCUUAUCCCCAGUGAGAGCGGGGCUGAUGGUGGAAUGGCGACGGCGACUACGCGAUCUUCUCUGAAAGAGAGACUACGACGACUUGGAUGCAGUGACCAAUUUUCGAGCUUGUUCUCUGCUGGGCUUAGCGAUGCCGCAAGCAGCAGCAGCAGCAGUACACACAUCUUCGAUCGAGACUUUGUCCUGGCAGCGCUCGCGUUUCUGUGUUCGAGAUUGCUGACGCCAUCGAGAGGUGUGAGAGCCGCGAUGACCGUCCAAAAGGCCUGGCGAGCUCGAUGGGCCAAAGUGGUCGAAUCAAGAAAGGCGAGGUUGAAGAUCAUUGCUGAACAAUGUGCAGCUGUGGUCGGCGACAAAACGAGUAGUCAUGACCAUGGGGAUUCUCGAGGCGGUAACGGUGACGGUGAGGGCGGGAGAAGACAGACGACAAGAAUACCCGAACCUAGUGUGAAAGUAGUUGAGAUGGCAAAUUCGGGUGGUGGUGGUGGUGGUGACGACGAUGAAGAUAUUUGGUUGAAUUUGUGA